AUGUCUUUGAUUGGACAGAACAAAUGGUUCAAAAAAUAUAAAGAAGAAGUGAAAAGUGGCAAGCUUGACUUGCCUGCUUUGGAAUUCUCGCCAUUCUCUACCACUAAUAAUCUCCGAACCCAUCUCCGCGAUCAGCAUGACUGUAAAUUAGAGGAGAGCAAAGGGGGUCGCAAUGCUCACAAGACGAUUAAUCUGGGCAUACAAUGGUACAAGGGCCUCUUCUCCGAGCAAGAUGCACACCGGCCAGUUGCCCUUGAAGAUGAACAUGAAGCCGUUCAGCAGCAAAUUAUCAGCAAUCUACAAACCCAGUCCAAGUCAGACCUGUCCGCGGCCCUACCUUCCCUGCCCCGAAAGAAGGAUGGAACAGUUCAUAUUUCUAACAUGCGCAAGAAGGUCAAAGAGCUGGGCCAUAUCAUACCCUGCAAUAAAUGUCCAUCCGCUAAGGACUGCUGCAAGGAUCAGAAUACCUGUGAGCACUUCCGUCAUUUUGAGAAUGAUCUAGAGGAGGACGAGGACGAAGACGAAGAAUGA